AAGAGACGGAGUGCAAUGGUCGUGAGCGUUGUGACAGAAAUUAAUGAAGGAACUGAGGAUUCCUAUAAAAUGCUGGAUGAUGCAGCUUCCUUACACGAUGUUAACGCACUGCAAAGCCCUGAGAAUAGAAAAAAAACAGACGGUGCUUUCCUGUUUGUGUUUGUAGCCUGUAUAGUACUUUUGUUGCCUUUCGUGAUAUACACGCUUUGCUAUUCAGAUAUCAAUAGACUGAAGGGUUAUGACAAUUGUGGAAACAUAUGCGGUCAGGAAAACGUCAUUGAUUACCGCUGGCGAUGCACUGGUCAGGACAUGAGCCUUAAACCGAUACUUUAUGGAGGAGAAUGUAUAGAAGCUAAAGAUGUGGGAGCAAUCGAUGGAAAGACAUUAUUCGAACUCUUCCGCAGGGUUGCAUGGAAAAUUAUGCUAGUGUCCUUUGUUCCAUUAGCCCUCUGCUCAAUGUUGGUGGCGCUGUUCCAUUAUACUCCGAGGGUGGCUGUCUGGAGUAUUUUAAUUUUAUCAUGGCUGGUUUUCACAAUGGCAUCGAUUGCUCUGAUGAUACCUCUUAGCGUGUUUGGGCUUAUUUUAUCAUUUAUAGUGAUGAUUAAGUUAUGGGUAUUGUUCUUCAAAAGAAGCAAAAUCAGACUAGUGGCCGUACUAAUCAAGGAAGCUACGAAGCCGGUCUUCGAGGUCAAAAUGCUGUUCCACAUUUCAAUCGGUGCGCUAGCUGUUUUAAUAGUUAUACUGCUAAUCUAUACCACCAUCACCUUCCGCACUAUUACAGCUGGAAAACCAGUAGAAAUGGGCUUCCAUUUUAUGGAAUACGAAAAAAUAGCACACUUAAUCUACAUUUAUGAUGGUUUAAUGUUAACAACGAUAAUUCUCAGUGCUAUAGCAACUUUCUGGGGGAUCCAGUUUGUUUUUGGGGCCCAAGAUGUGAUUGUGAGUAGAACAAUUGCAAGAUGGUACACCACCAAAAACCAGGAUAAUCUAGAUGACGCUGUGUCCUCCAGCCUUCAAGUUACUCUGAAUUACCAUCUGGGGACUAUUGCAUUGGGAUCGGCGGUCAAGACAGUAAUGUUUGUGCCGCGACUAAUCAUUGGUUUCUUUGCACUCGCUACUGGAUUGAAUGAUUGUUUUAUAAGAUGCGUCGGCGUUUUUCUCACUAACAGAAUAUAUAUAGCCACAGCAACGCACGGAACGUCUUUCAUUCAAUCUGGUAAAAAGAUGGUGAGAGUCCUCAAAAUGAGCAAUGGUAACACAGCAGAUGUCGUUUCAUUUGGAAAUUUCGUAAUAGUGUUAGGUCAAAUUUUGGUGAUCUCUAUUUCUACAUCAGCUGGUUUCCUCGUCGUUUAUAAUACUAUUGGAUUUUAUACCGCGUACACUUUAUACUUCACCCUGGUCGAGCUUGGAAUUGCAGUCAUGUGCGCCCAAACUAUUUUGGGAACAUUAAAGGUUAGUACAAAUACGCUGUUCUUCUGCGCAUCGGAGGAAUUGUUGAGAAACAAAGAAGCUGACUUGCCUUACUCCAUGUCCAUGAGUGAGUUCUUCGAUGGUACCAUCAAGCUUUUCCUACAGAAAGUCCAAAACAAACCCAUGUCGAAUGCACCAGGGGAAAACUUUUACAUAAAAAUGUCCUUGGUCGUUUUUGUUUCUAUAAGUUGUGCAUUCUUUUUCGUCGCUUAUUUUGCAUAUUUCAUUUUCCGAUCUGUGAAAGUGUUUUUAAGUGUAACGACGAGAAAAAGUGCACAGCCAACCAUGAAACUUCUGACGGAAAUUCAUAAGACCAAACAGGAUUCCUAUCAAAUAAUUGACGAUGCAAACUCUUUAUCUGAUCCUGAUGUUCUACGAAGACCUCAGACUAGAAGAAAAACGGAUACAUUCUUUUUGAUUGUGUUUGCUGCUUGCAUAAUAAUAUUUCUUCCUUUCCUGAUAUACACCCUUUGCUAUUCAGACAUCAACAGACUUAAUGGAUAUGAUAAGUGUGGAAACAUAUGCGGUCAAAAGAAUGUCGGCAACGACCAAUGGUCUUGUACCGGUCAGGAUAUGACUUUCAAACCGAGACUUAACUACCUCCAGGAAUGUGAAGAGGGAGACAGGUACCAUUUUCCAGAAUUUGGCGGGGAGUGGAGAUUUAACUUCUUUCACAGAACCAUAUGGGUAUUUUUGCUGGCAUCUUUCGUUCCCUUGUUCAUUUGCCUAAUUUUGGUCACCUUGUUCCGAUACGCUCCAGCUGUGGCUGUCUGGGGUAUCUUGAUUCUAUCUUGGUUGAUUCUCACAUCAACGGGAUUUUUAUUUUUGUAUAUAUCACACUUUCUGUGGGAACCUAUACUUAUAAUAAUUGUUUCCAUUAUAUCGGCGCUACUAUUAUGCUUUGGGGUACUGUUCAGAUUGAACAACAUCCGAUUGGCAACUGUUCUGCUCAAGGAAGCUGCAAGGCCAGUUUUCGAGGUCAAAAUGGUGGCGUAUGUUUCAGUUGGGGCACUAUCUGCGUUAAUAUUCGUACUAGUGACAUAUAUCACCGUUACUUUAAAUAUUGCGACAGCUGGAAGACUAACCGAAGUGGAACCAGAUUAUUUGAUUUACGUUGAUGACGACUUAAUGUCAACUACAAAAAUUCUUAAUUCUGUAGCAGCUUUUUGGACUGUUCUGUUUCUUCUUGGGGCCCAGUAUAUGAGUGUGAGUGGAGCCAUCGCUCAAUGGUAUACUACCAAGACCCAGGAAAAUAUUAGGGAGUCGGCAUCUUCCAGUUUUCUUGCCACGAUAAAAUACCAUCUGGGGACUAUCGCGCUGGGAUCUGUAAUGAUGACAAUUAUGUACAUACCACGGGUGGUCCUUCAAUUUUUGACAAUAUUCAGUGCAUUAAAAGAGAAGGCCGAUUCUUGGUUAAGAUGGUUGGAUGGCUUUUUCACAAACAAUUCGUAUAUCAUCACAGCAACGCACGGAACAUCAUUUAUGCGGUCCGGUAAACAAGCAGCGAAACUCCUCGAGCUCAGCAUCGGCAAUACAAGAGACCUCAAUUCCUUUGGAAAUUUCGUGAUAAUGAUUUGUCAGGGCUUUGUCAUCGGUGCCUCUACUUUAAGUGCCUUUGCAUUGCUAUCUAAUACAAUGGUGCCUUAUAACUCAUACAUUGAUCACUUCGUCUUCAUCGAGUUUGGAAUUGCAAGUAUUUGCGCCUAUACGAUUCUAGGAACACUAAGGGUUAGUACUAAUACGCUGUUCUUGUGCGCAUCUGAGGAAUUAUUGAGAAGCAAUGAAGCCGACCUACCUUACAACAUGAGUAUGAAGAGGUUCUUAGACGGUUCUAACAAACUCUUCCUUGAAAAAGUCCAAAGCAGAAUUCCGUCCAACUGGACAAAAAAAAGAUUUUGUAUCACAUUAACCAUUUUUGUUUCUAUAACUUGUGUGUUGCUUUUCGGUGCUUGUAUUAUAUAAUUUUUAAUUCUUUAGUAUUUUUACAUAUCAGAGAGAGCUAGGUGAGACUUAAGUUAUCCAGGCAAAUAUGACUAUGAGUCUAAUAUUAUGUGUGAUACACUAGAGGCGACACACAGGGAAGAACUACCAGUACAUUUAUGUGAAAAUGUCUUUUUUAUGUUGGAUAAAUAAAACAUACGUUCCUGUUAAUAUGGUUUGCUAAUAAAAGACAAAUUCUCAGUUAA